AUGUUGCGAUCGUUUAAUUCCAAUGGGUACAAGGUCUACGCCUUGUCGGCUGGGAAAUUCGCUCCGCAAUUCCACGUCAGCAGCAAGGGGAAGAAGAAGUCAAAGGCUGAUGCGGAGUACGAACAUCGUAUCGAUUUGAUUCACGACCUCGAGUUCCCGCAGGCUUGCAACACCGUCGACAUAUCGCCUGACCUGCAGUAUAUUGUAGCGACUGGAGUCUACCCACCGCAGAUCGGUGUUUACGACACCACGGAACUCUCUCUCAAGCACAGGCGCGGCAUUGACAACGAGGUCAUUAAGACCUGCUUCCUCGAGGCCGACUACACCAAAUUGGCUUUCCUAUGCACCGACCGUGUAAUCGAGUUCCACGACAGGGGCGGUCGCUAUCACUCUCUCCGCAUUCCGAAGGCGGGGCGCGACAUGAUAUACGUGUCGGACAACGCCUCCCUUUUCGCUGUGGCCUCCUGCAACGAGGUCUAUCGACUCAACCUGGAGCACGGCGCUUUUGAGGAGCCAUUCAAAUCGGUCUGCUCUUAUUUGAACUGCGUCGCCGAAAACCCCAUCCUCCCACUUAUAUCCACGGGCGGCGAAGGCGGUGUGCUGGAAAGUUGGGACCUUCGCUGCAACAAAUCGGUGUCGCGGCUGCACUGCACCAGUGAGGACGACGGGGGCGAUGAGAGCGUUACUCGCUGCGCCUACUCCGCCAAUGGGCUGAAGGUGGCGGUGGGCACAAGUUCAGGAUGCCUCCAGCUUUACGAUAUCCGUAACACCAAACCUCUGUGGGAGAAGCGACACGUUAACGAAGCGGCUGUUAACAAUAUCGAGUGGGUGAACUCGCUGAACCACGCGUCUACGGGUGUCGGCCAGGAUGCGCUGAUUGCGUGGUCGGACCACAAAAGCGUGAGAGUACAGAACACACACGACGGCGAGUUCGUCGCAUCCAUCGAAGGACUGGUCACCGACAAGGCGAACAACACAAGCAAAAUAAACUCGUUCCGGUUCUACCCCGACACGGGCAUCUGCUUCGUGGUGGGCGACCACACCCGUGUCGGCACCUACUUCAUUCCAACCAUCGGUGCAGCCCCCAAAUGGUGCUCGUUCCUGGAGAACAUCACUGAGGAGAUGGAGAUGCCGUCGGCCGCCGACACUGGCGUCGCCCCUGGAGCCACUAAGCAGGCCUACGAGGACUUCGUCUUCGUCACGAGGCAGCAGCUUGAAGAGAUCAACGCCACCGAGCUCAUCGGCACCAACAUGGUCAAGGAUUACAUGCACGGCUACUUCAUUGACAGUGACGUCUAUCGCAAACUCAAGAGCGCCUCGUCAGACUUCGAUUACGAGGCGUACCGGAAGAAGAAGAUUCAGGAGAAGAUCGAUGCCAAGCGGCAAAUGCGUCUGCCGCUGCGCCAGAAGAAGACGCAGGUUGUCAACGAGGAGCUCGCGGAGCACCUGCGCCAGACAGCGGAGGCCGUCGGGAAGAAGGGGCUCUCCAAGAAGGAGAAAGAACAAGCGCUCAGCGCCAAGGCUGCGCUGCAAGACGAUCGUUUUGCCCGCAUUUUCACGGACGAAAACUUUGCGAUCGACCACGUGGAAGCGGCCGAGGUUUCCGCGAAGCGCAGAUACCUUACGACCCAAAACAAACGCAAGUAA